AUUACAUUCCUGUUGAAAUCAGUAAUCCCUUUGUGGAGACUGCUACGUCUAGUUUGUGUGAUUUCUUUCGUGUCACUUGGAGGUGGGCUCUAUGGUUAUUGUUAUUAUUUUAAAUAUAGCUUGGGGAGGGGGGGAUGCACAGGAACAGAGACAGCAAGCUGCCCAUCUCUCAGAAGAAAAGAACAAGAUUCACAGCACAGGAACUGGCAUCACUCUAACAUACAGAGUAGAAGUCAACAAAGCUGUACUCAAAAUCAUUUUUGUAGAGACUGAAAAGAAAGAAGACAAAAGUGGAUAACACAGUAAAGGAUACAAGAAAUCAGGGUAUAAAGUGACUCUAAUGCACUUUGAGUGUGGGCUCUGAAGUACAAUGUAAGUCUUGCCUUAUCUUGUAUUUUUAAAAACUGUUAGUACAUAAUAAUUUUAUUUCUAUUUUCAAGCCAUGCUGGGCCAAAAAGUAAUUAUUACAAUUACAUAUUAAAAUCAAUAUGGAACAUUACUUGUAAUCUUGGUAUGAGACUUAAAAUGAUAUUGUCAUAUGACAGAAGUCAGAGACUAUCAACUGUAAUAUCGAAGAUGAACUAUAAGUAACAACAUAUCUAAUUAUUGUGAGACUAAGAUGCUGAAUGGAAUCUUUAAUCAACUUUCUUAAUACAGAGUGCAAAGAGUUCUCUUGCUUUGUAUAGCAAGCUACUUUCAUACUGCUGUGUUUAAAACUGUGUGAUUACAGUUACCAAUAGCAAUAGGAUGUAGCUACAAAAGGGAAUCCUGGUGGAUGCAAAAGUUUUUUGGCCAAUGUUUUUCCUCUCUGAAGCCUCCAGUCCACAUUUUCUAGCCUGUGAGUUUUGCUUUUCAACUGGAUUUUUUAACAUAUGCAGCGAUUGGACUCCACGUGGAACUGAAAACAAAAGUAUCUGAGGAUCCAGAAUAACUCCAUCCAUUUUCUCAGUGUUAUGUUAAAGAUGAAAAUACAAUCAAUCAUAAAGAGUACCUCCUUUUCAUCAGCUUCAGCUUUGAACAACAGAGGAAUAUAAAGCCUGAUGGUGACAAAGGGUUAUAAUUUUUUGUUUUUUCACUGUACAUCUGCCCCGGUUUCAGACUUAGCAAUGGAUAGUCUUUGUGAUGAGGAGAACCCAACUGUGAAUUCUUUAAUCCAAUUAAAUCAUGAAAGAAGAUUCUACACAAAUGUUUUUUGGCCUGGAGAGGUUAAUACAUCUCAUCUGUUUAAUUUGACUAUGGACUCCGAAAACCUAACUAAUCUUUCAUGUGACGGUAGAGUGACUCCACCGUGCCAUUCCUCACUAUUUCAUCUUUCAGAGAAAAACUGGCCAGCUCUGCUGACAGUUAUUGUGAUUGUUCUAACCAUUGCUGGAAAUAUUCUUGUUAUCAUGGCUGUGUCACUGGAGAAAAAGCUACAGAAUGCCACUAAUUAUUUUCUAAUGUCACUCGCAAUAGCUGAUAUGCUGUUGGGUUUCCUUGUCAUGCCUGUGUCAAUGUUAACCAUACUGUAUGGAUAUACAUGGCCUCUGCCUACAAAACUCUGUGCUGUCUGGAUCUAUUUGGAUGUGCUUUUCUCCACUGCCUCCAUCAUGCACCUCUGCGCCAUCUCUCUGGAUCGCUAUAUUGCCAUACGAAAUCCCAUCCAUCACAGCCGCUUUAACUCCAGAACUAAAGCUUUCGCAAAAAUAAUUGCUGUUUGGACCAUAUCAGUUGGUAUCUCAAUGCCAGUCCCUGUGUUUGGACUACAAGAUGAUUCCAAAGUGUUCAAGAAAUGUAGCUGCCUGCUGGCUGAUGAGAGCUUUGUCUUAAUAGGCUCGUUUGUGGCGUUCUUCAUUCCUUUAACCAUCAUGGUGGUCACCUAUUUUUUAACUAUAAAAUCACUCCAGAAAGAAGCUACCUUAUGCAUUAAUGACCUAGGCACAAAGACCAAGUUUGCUUCAUUUAGUUUUUUCCCUCAAAGUUCUCUGUCAUCAGAGAAACUCUUUCAACGCUCUUUGAACAGAGACCUGAGGAACUCAGGAAGGAGGACUAUGCAGUCUAUCAGUAAUGAACAAAAAGCUUCCAAGGUACUUGGUAUCGUCUUCUUUCUCUUUGUUGUGAUGUGGUGCCCCUUUUUCAUCACCAAUGUGAUGGCAGUCAUUUGCAAGAAGUCUUGCAAUGAAAAAGUCAUCGGAGUACUGCUUAAUGUAUUUGUCUGGAUUGGCUACCUUUCAUCAGCUGUCAACCCAUUGGUAUACACACUGUUCAAUAAAACCUACCGUUCUGCUUUCUCACGGUAUAUUCAGUGUCGAUACAAGGAGGAGAAGAAGCCUUUACAGCUGAUAUUAGUGAACACUAUACCUGCUUUAGCAUAUAACUCCAGCCAGCUCCAGCUAGCACAAAUGAAGAGUUUAAAAAAAGAGGCUAAAAUGAUGGCCAAGGAUUAUUCUAUGGUUGCAAUUGGAAUACAUCCUUUAGAUAGUACCUCAAAGGGCAGUAUUAGCCCAGUCAGUGAAAAGGUUAGCUGUGUGUGACUCUGCCAGCCUGUCAACAGCUGCCAUGGCAACCAAUGGUAUGUACUCAGAGAACUUCACCUAACUGUGAGAAGCUUUGAUAGCUUAGGAACAUUAGCUCUAAGAGAACUUCAAUAACAUCACAUACUCAUGUUAUCCAGUUGAUGACAAACAGGGUUAAAAUGCUAUCAAAUGUGCAUUUUUUUCAUACAGUACUUCAGCUGUUUUAAGCACAGGCUUUAAUAAACUUAUUUUUUUAGUAUUCUAAAUAAUAUAUUUCUUAAAGAAAAAAUGCAAUGUAUUGUAUUAUUAUACCAUGGGCUGUGAAAAAAAUUAAUGUGUUUCUUUUUGUUCUGCAAAUGAAAACAAAGCUACUGUUUGGUUUACUUGCUGGUUAGGUUUGAAUUAGUUUGUCUUGCUACAAUGUAAUUUUAUUAUCCUUAACUGAAUGAGCACUUUACAGAAUUUUACAGGAAAAGAAAAUGUCAGUUAAUUUAUGAAUAUAUAUUUUAAAUUAAUUAAAUAUGAAAGAAAAUGCUAUAAAAAUAUGUAUAGAUCAACUAUGUGAAAAAUGUGUUUUAUGGGUAUUUUUCCUUCCCAAUUACAAUUCUGAAAUAUUGCUGGGCUUUCUGCCAUUUGUUCUGUACUCCAAGUUAAUUCUCUUCAAAAGCAAAUUAAAUUUGAAUGUUCCUUUGUCACAACAAACUUUAUUCAGCUCUACUUUCUCUUCAUUUUACCCCCUAUUCCAAAUGUUUCACAUGCACUGGUUUAGACUUUGAAAUAUACUGUUACAAAAAGACUUGGUUCUCUACUCCAUUAUACUGUUUUUAUGACAGUGUCAGUGAGGUAACAGCCUGGAAAAUCAUGCCCAACGUUGCUAACUAAUGUCAGGCUUAAUCCUGUUGACAUUUCUCUUUACAGCUCCCAUAGGUUUCAAAUGUAAUUAACUUCAGUGGUAGUUUGGCAGGAGUACGGAGUGGACUUUAAUAGAAUAUUUCCCCCAUUUCUGCCUGAUC